UCUGAAAUCAUGACAAGAAGAAGUAGUUUUGGCACUUUCGCUCAUUUCUCCUGCAGUUUACUUUUCCUGGUUGUGAUUGCUUUCAUCUCAGGAGGAGGAAGAGGUGUUAGUGCUCAAAAAUGUACGGGGAAAGUUAUUGGGAUUAAUGGGACUUUCGACGACUGUGUUAAGGCGUGCCAAACUUAUUGUUCUCAGAUCUACGGGCUUCAAGAUCACCCUAUUUCGUGGGAGUGCAAUAUUGAACAAUCAGCUACUACCUAUACUGAAUCUAGUACCUACACUGAAGUAUGCCAUUGUUGCAGAGCUGAUUAAAAAUCCUCCUCAUAGUGUCUCCAUGGGCUAAGUCACACCGGGGCAUUGGCUUACCAUAUCUAUAC